AUGGCUGGAGAGGGGACGACAGAGGAGCUGACGGUGACCACAGUCGGGGCCCGGGUGAGGUGCAAGGAUAACACGGGGACGGUCAUGUACUACGGCAAAGUCGAGUUUGUGGACAAGGUCGUCGUCGGUGUGGCCCUCGAUGAACCUCUGGGCAAACACGAUGGCUCGGUCGGUGGUCGCGCGUACUUUGCCUGCAAGGACGGCCACGGCAUCUUCUGCAAGGUCAAGCAUCUCCAGCUGCUGCCUGACGUCGAGCAAGAUCAGGCCCUGAGCAAGCCGGCGGUGGUCAACCUCGCGCCACCGGCCACGCCGGAAGAGGAGGCCAAACUUGCAGAGUUGCAAGCAGCUCUCGGCGCACUCCGAAGAAAGCAGGCCAAGAUCGCGGCCAAGACCGAGGCGUUGGUCGCCGAGUAUGGAGACGCAGCGGCCAUCAAGACCUCCGCCCGGGAAGCAGCCGCGCUCAUCCGCGGACUCGAGGACAAGCGCAACGCGCUCGCUGAUCGGGCCAAGACCGAGGCCGAGGCGCUGGCAGCGGCAGAAGCCUCGCUGGCUACGACCCGGGCUCUGAUUGAGGAUAAGACGCAGUACAUGGCUGAGACGCUGACGCCCGCGCUCGAGGCCGCAGCGGCAGAGCUAGCCAAGCAACAGUCGAUCCAGGAGGAGCGGUGA